GUGUUGUUGUCGUUGUCGUUGUGAAGUUGCGAGUUGGCGAUAAAACUGAAAAUAAAAAUGUUAUUACUGUUUUAAUAUUUACUUCGAUGUUCCCUUAAUGAGUAACAGUUGCAGCAUACCAAAAGAGAUUUAUUAAUUUAUUGACAACAUGGCACAACCAAACUUGUUGGAAAUCGACCCCGAAGAGCUGUUCCAAACUCAUUUUAUUACUGAUAUCGACCAAGUGCAGAAGAAACUGCAAUAUGAGAUUGAAAGGAAAAGAGAAGAGCUUAGGGCUAUGGUUGGUGAGCGAUAUAGGGACCUGAUUCAUGCAGCUGACACAAUUGAAGAGAUGAAGUCAACAUCUGCAAGCACUUUGAACCAUAUUGGUGAAAUCAUGUCCUCCUGCAAGAACUUACAUAAUACACACUUAGUGGGGUUUAAAAUCAAUGAGAAACCCCCGAUAUCUCAUAACUAUCAUUUCAGUACAGAUUCGGUUCAUAGUAUAGCAGUCCAAGUAAAAUUGCUCAUGGAGAUUCCAGAAAAAAUAUGGACUUGUAUAGAAGUUGAAGACUUUGUGAAAGCAACACAGCUGUUUAUAAUAGCCAGGCACAUAAACACAGGUCUUCAACUACAAAUUGGUGGUAAAAAUGUUAAGCCAGGCAUGCAGUCUCUGCAAAGGCUGGUCCAACAACAAUGGAACUCUGUAUCAAACUUCAAUCAGACAAUAAUAGAUGUUUGCAGACAGAAACUGCAUGAUGUUGACAUUGGUGUUGAGGUAGCAUGCUCCUGUCUCGUCAGUCUAUACCUACUGGACUCACAAACCAUGGUGGAGUUAUUGAAUACGUUGAUCAGUCUUCAGAGCCACAGUAGUUUAAAGUCCACCCUACAGUUUGACCUGAACCAAAUCCUGGAUGGAGAUGUUAAAGUUCAAAUACGGGAGAAGAUUGUGAACGGAGUCAAGAUUGUGUUGAAGACGGUUGUAUUGGUGUAUGCUUGCUUUGUAGAUAAUGAUGGAGGUGCAGUGUUAGCAAAGCUAAAAGAGCUAUUUAGGCGAGACUCGCAACCUUUGAUAGAGCUAGUGCGAUUCAGUGAUCCAGCAGGACUUAAACUUCUACCACCAGUUAUUUGUAAUUACAGGCUCUCUUCGAAUAAAGAGGUUCAAUCUUUAGCCAAAGCUGAAAUAACGAAAUGCAUCCAAGAGUGGAAUGUUUGGGUGAAGUCCUUUAUAGACGGACACGUGCAGUCGUUGCUGCAAAACAUUACAAGGGUGAAGAUCUUGCAUGAAAUAAGGGAGGAAGCUUUUAAAGUUGAAACCCCAUCAAACUGGGGUAGCAUAUGUUCUUCCCUCGACAUUCCCGAAGUCCACGUAUGGUGUCACUAUUUCCAGCCGUUACUGACGGCCCGGGUGAAAGCGAUCAUAGACAAUAGAUGGGCCAAAGUCUAUGACGAGUUCAAGACCCAACUACUUGUGGACUUGACCCGGGUGUCUUCAGAUGGAGAUGUUGAGAAGGAGGCUGAUAUCAAUUGGUUCGUGUGGAAGGAUUUGAUCGGAGAAACGGUCAUAGAGUCCAGGAAUGACGUCAUAAAAGUAAUGACGUCACUGAUGACAGGUAUGGCGCGUCAAGACAGAGGUUAUACUCCGGCCUUGGAGAGACUGUGCUUAGCUUUAGACAGCGAAUUGCAAAGAUUGCUAGAAGACCUCAAAGUAUAUCUAUACAGAGACAGGAAAGUUGGCAUUUCAAGGGACAAACUGUUGUUCGCGUACGACGAUGAGGACGAUUCUGAGCAAAUUUACAGCGACAAAAAUGAUAUAGAAGUCUACUUGAGGGAUGUGUCGGAUAACAGUGUUCAGAGUAUGACCCAAUACAUGAGGGCCUGUUUCGACGAAUCCACAUUACAAUCAACUGAAUUGCAGCGUAAAACCACCUCCAUAUACACGGCUAGGUGUUCGCAAGCGAUGUCCACCCUUAUUCCUAGUUUACGCAAGUGCUAUAUUCCCGAAGAGCGGAAUAACUUGGGCGUCAUAACUAUCGAUGAUAACGCUGUAAAGAGAUGGAACAAAGUUUGCGGUAUAUUGAAGGAGAAUUGUCUAUUUUGUUGGAGUAAAUGGGUGGAUAUAGUGAUGGUAAAAAUUGAGGAGUUGACACAGAUAUUUCCUCAGGAGUUCACUUUGGAAGCUAACAUUGAUUAUCUGAUGAUGCAAUGGGAUGUAAUAAAAAUCGAAGAAAAAGACGAGGAAGGCAACGCUAUAGAGUCCACAAUAAAAGUACCGGCGGGUCCUUCGUUAAAACUACAAGAGUAUCUUUAUUCAAUAAGCCGUAUACUUGACGAAGUAGUUCCGCACACUUUGCCUUCGGAAAUUCACGCAAUGUUCAUUGACAAAGUUACAAACGUCGUCUUCGCACAUUACAACCGAGUUAUCAGAGAGAAAGAGACAGAUAUAAAUCAGAGGUGUGCGCUUCAGCUUUUGAUGGACGUCAGGCAUACGACUUUACUUUUAGUGCCUAGAGAGAACAAGAGUUCUAUGGAGCUGUCGCAUGAAAUGUGCGAAUUCUUAAGGCAAAGGAUAGAUCCAUUCGACUAUGACGUGUUUUAUCCGUACAUACAGACUAAUCUGAAGAGAUCCGUGCAGAGAGUUCAGACAUUGCUAGGCAGUUUGAUACUCCACCACGGUCAAUUGACCGGCAUUAUCGGUAACAAACCCGUUUUAUCUGGCGGUACUGGCGACAAGGCUGCCUCGUUGCUAGCUUCAGGGGACUCGCACUGGUUCUCUCUAUUACCCGUGGCGACGCAACCCAGUUUACUCAAGAAGCACGAUAAGCCGACGAAGAAGAAAGUGGUCGCAGCAAGUCCAAACAAGUCGAGGUCGGAGAUAUCGGAACUGAUGACCAGUUCGUUGCCCAUUAACUUUGCAAACGCCCGCUCUGGGGCCGCGUCCUUCUUUAAUUCGAUGACGUCAGAGUGGUUCAGUGGUUCGUAACGGAGUAUUAAUAAAAACGCCC